ACAAGAUCGGGGAAUGCGCAUCCCUCCGUGCCUAGGCCGCCGUGACAUGACCAGCAUCUUGUCAUCAUGCCGAUGAAGAGAAUUGUGGCGGGCAAACAGGUGGAGUGAAAAAGGACAUCGACACUCAAGUUCAGGAUCUCUCCAUCUCGCUCGCCUUCUGUGCCACGAAUCUGUGGCUGUUUGUGGGCAGACGUUGACGCUCGAGACCAUCGAUGAGCUAAUCCGUGCAAGGGUGAGCUUCAUGGACAGCCCGUCCAUCACAUGCAGUGGCCAUGAGGGAAAUGUGGUUGUCGUCGGUGUGGCGUCUUUGCUGUGUUGUGUUUGCAGAAGCACACCAAGGACCCCUUCACGUUCUCAAACUACACUACCAGGUGAGGCCAUCCAUCGCACCACGACAACAGACACGCCUGGUGGAUUGGCAUCUGCUUCGCGGUGCUUGAAUUUGGUGUCCCGCCGGCCGACCGUGCAGCAAGCUGACCGAUGGCUCAAAGGGAGGCGGUGCGGCGGCUUCUGAUGAGAAGGAAAUCGACAGACUGAGGUAUGCACACACGGACGAGAAUAUACUUACGACGCGCAUCCGUGUGUGUGGGGGGGGGUGGCUGUGCAUCAGUGAGCAUGUCCGUCGUGUGGCCCUGGAUGUCAAGUGCAGGACCGCCCUCGUGUCAUCCAUGGAAGGUCCACACACGAACACUCAGCCAGCCCCCAAGGCUGCCCUGCUCACUCUCUCACCCUCUGCCCCCCUGUCGCGUGCAGCUAGGUUGCGCAAGGAUUCGGCAGCUGCCCUCUGUCUGUUGGCCAACAUCACCAGCAAUGCAUCGACCAAGAAGGGUGCGGCGGCCAAGAAGAGGGCGGCGGCGGGUGCAUCUGACGACGAGAUGGAGGAGGAAGAGGAAGGAGAGGAGGGGGCGGCGCGGAAACGGGGUGCGUGUAUUGGUGUGUUGGGAGGGUGUGAUGUGUGGCAUGCAUGGGUUGUUGUGUGUUGUGGUGCUGCACUGGUGCAGGUAAGCGGGUCGUGGAUGUUGACGAGAAGAUCUGCCGUCGGGACGACUACCAAGAGCUGGUCAGUCAGUCAGUGAAACACACCCAUACAUACGUGAAAGGAUGGACACAAUGACACCAUGCACCAUGCCCAUUCACAUCUCUGGGUGAGUGAGUGUGGGUGUCUGUUUCCAGAUGGACAAGCAUGACACCGCGAGUUUCCUCAAGAAGGCCAUGGACAUCUUCAAGAGAUCCGCGGGCGACAAGCUCGGUGAGUGCACGCGUGAAGACAUGCCGUGCACACCUCUGCGCGCGUGUCUCCCUCCCCUCCUCCAUCCGAUAUCCGAUAUCAUCAGAUAAGCCUCAGCUUGAGGAGGUCAAGAAGAUGAGCGUCGCGCACCAGCCGCAGGAAGCCGUCCCCACCACCGCACCUCAUGACACGCACAUGCAGCAGCCGUCCGCAGCCUUCCUCGAGCUGCUCGGCAAAUCGCUCGCCGAAUGGCAUGUGCCGACCCUCACAGGUGGACGAACACCGAUAGUUAGUAAGGAAGUGGAGAGGUCGCCCCAUUUGCAUUGUGUUUUCUGGCUCAGAUGACAUUUCCGAGUCGUCGGAUGGUGACUCGCCGGUGCGUGGUGGCGACGAUGCCAUGAUGGAUGACGGUGUCGAGGACGAACAGAUGAUGGACGACGAUGCGCCACCCGCUGCUGCCGCUGCUGCUGCUGCUGCUGCUGCUGCUGCAUCAGAGGCGGCCCAUCUGUUUGACGACAUGAUGCUGGACGAUCCUGUGGACGACGACGACGACCAGAGCAAGAGGCCCCCCUCUCCUGCCCCCAUGCCACACAAGAAGAAAGCAAAGACCGAAGAUAAUCAUGACCAGGUCUGUCUCUUUUCUCAUCCCCCCAUCUCAUCGCAUCCUUCCAUUAUGUGUGGUUGUCAGGCUCAUUCUGACGGCGAGUGUGCUGCCCCCCCUCCGCUGCUGCCGUCUGCCAAGGACAAGGCGCGCCACUUCGACGGCGAUGGCGAGGAGGAUCUCAAGGUCGACAAGCCGCGGCAGCGCAAGAAGAGCAAGGGGACUAAGGACAGCAAGGAGGACGCCAAGACUGCCAAGAAGCCAACCAAGGUAGGUGGGGAAGGACGGUGGCGAGCCAGCGUGCUGUACUGUGCUGAGAUGAGGAGAUGAGAUGAUGAUGAUGGUGGUGUCAGUUGUGUAUCGACGUGUUCGACCUUCCCACGACUGCACCCGUCACUGGCAGGAAGAAGGCGUUCUGGUACGUUCCUGCGUGCACAUCCAUGGACACAUUGAUUUGAUCCAUGAAAGUCCUGUCACUCUCUCACUCGCCAGUCUGCGCAGGGAUCGUGGGGCGACCUUGCGUGUCGCGGAUGACGGGGGCGGUGAUGGCCUUUUCGUUUUGUCGGAGGACCAGCUCAUCAAAGGCAUCGCAGCAUCAGUGGAUGCACACGCCCAACGUCAGCCUCCCCGCCCCCACACCGACACACCGACACACACAGAGGAGACAUCCCGUAUCUCUGUGUGUGUGCAGUGUCGAGCAUGAAGCGUAUGGACAUCAACACGUGGCUGUCAUCCUUCCCUCAGCUGCUGGCGGUGACGUCCUCCUCGCCCGCCGCCCUGUACCAGGCCAUGCCCUUCGCGUUCGUACCGCCGCUCGAGGACGACGACGACCCGGACAAUGACGACCCACAGCAGCAGGAAGGCAAGGAGACACAAAUUGGAGUGCCAUCGAUGCGUGUCUGUACUAUGUUGACCGGUGUGCUGUGCAGGUGUGGGUCAUGUGGAUCCGUUUGAGGGUCUCGCGCUCAACAGUCACGAUGCGGAGAAUGCCCACCCCUACGCCUCGCCGGCCGACGACGAUCCACCGAUGAUGGCCGCACCCACACCGGCCCACUCAGCCGGGCAGAUGAUGAUGGACUGCGAAGAAUACGACGAACUCCUCGACUUCAACCCAACAGCAGCAGCAGCAGCAGCAGCGGCGGCAGCAGCAUCACAGAAUGAUCUCCCCAACAUCCUCCACCUUCCCCCAAGCCCGUCCCCACAGAACGACCGUCCUCCCUCCUCAGAGCACCACCAGCACAACCAGCCGCAGCAGCAGGAGCAGCAGCCAGCCCCCUCUCCUGGUCCCUCGCCAUCGCCCGUGCCGCAGCCACAAAUGUCUCCAGCGCCUUCCUCUGCUGCUGGGGGCGGUGUUGAAGACACAGCAAUGGGCAGCCAGGCUGAGGGUGGCCGGCCUCGGCGCCGCCAGUGGUAUGACCUGUUGAGGUCGUACGCCAUGACGAGCAAGACGGGGUCGCGCUACUCGAUUUCCAAGCUCGUCGCGUCACUCGAGCCCCACCUUCGGUCUUCCUUUGAGUCAGCACUGUCCCAUGAGCAGCACCAGCACAAGGACAGCUUCGCCAUCGCAAACCUCAGCCAGCUCGCCAACCACUUCAAACAAGGUCUGCCAAUAUGCCAGACAGCCAGCCAAACGGAUAUGGCAAGACAUGCAUGUCUCUUCCAUCACACAACCUUGUGUGCGAGUGUGUGUAUGUGUCAGGCAAGCAGCCCGUGACGCCCCAGCGUUUGUUUGUGACGAUGUGUUUCGCCUGCGACAGCCACAACAAGGUCAUCCAGCUGCAGGCAGGGGCUAGUUCGGCAAGGGGCGGCAGGCAGGGCACGGCGGCGUGGGGUGCGGCCACGCUGAAGCUCAAGAGACAGGCACCGAAGACAGGCACAGAGGCCAAAGCAGACAUGACCGUCAGGGCCACGCUGCCCAACUGAGAGUGAGUGGGCCUGUCAGCGUGCAAUGGACGGACAUCGCAUGGCUGGCGGGAUGAAGAGCGACAGACAGACAGACAGACAGACGGACAAGACAGUCCAUCCAUCCAUGCCUUGCCUGAUUACCC